GGAAACAAUGGUAUUAUACGUCAGAAUGGUUUCCAUGGCAAUAAUGGUAUUAUAGGUCAGAAUGGUUUCCAUGGCAAUAAUGGUAUUAUAGGCCAGGAUGGUUUCCAUGGCAAUAAUGGUAUUAUAGGUCAGAAUGGUUUCCAUGGCAAUAAUGGUAUUAUAGGUCAGAAUGGUUUCCAUGGCAAUAAUGGUAUUAUAGGUCAGAAUGGUUUCCAUGGCAAUAAUGGUAUUGUUGGACACAAGGGUUUCCGUGGCAAUAAUGGUAUUGUUGGACACAAGGGUGUUCAUGGCAAUAAUGGUAUUGUUGGUCAGAAUAAUUUCCAUGGCGAUAAUGGUAUUGAUGGUCAGAAUGGUUUCCAUGGCAAUCAUGGUAUUGUUGGUCAGGAUAAUUUCCAUGGCAAUAAUGGCAUUGUUGGUCAGAAUGGUUUCCAUGGCAAUAAUGGUAUUGUUAAUGACAAUGGUUACAACAGCAAUAAUGGUAUUGUUGGUCAGAAUGGUUUCCAUGGCAAU